AUGACAUCAAUAAAAGGCAUCGAGAAACAAGGUAUACUCACCAUUCUUGAUUCUGAUAUCAAGCCAACAGCCUCCUUAAGAAAAACACUUUCAGCUGAUAUGUCUUCAAAGAAAUGGCUGUUACAAAAUGGGUUUUUCUCCAUGAAAAAGAUUGCAUCAUCUGAAGAACUGGUGAUCAAGUGUUCUGAUUCAUCUUCUUCAUCAGAAAGUGAAGAAGAAUGUGAAGAAAAUUUGCCAGGGCAAGAUGGAAUUUGGAGGUCAAUUCAAUUACAGAAAGAGAAGAAGAAUAAUCAGAUGGAUCAAAAUCCAUCUGGAUUAGAUUGUUGGGGUUCAAUUCUCUCUCAAAAGAACAAUCAAGAUUCAUCCAAGAAUUCUUCAACACCUUACGUUCAUCCUCUUGCGAAAAGAUCUUCCAGCAGUUUGAGUCAAAAAAGUCUUGAAAUUUGUACUGAAAAUCUUGGAUCAGAAACUGGCUCAGAUUGUUUUUCCUUGGACCCUCCUAAAACAGAAAAUUACUGCCAAGAAAAAGUGUCCAAAUCCUUCGGAGAUUUUAAUGCUGUCAAGUACAAGACAGUUUCCCCUCGGCCAUUUCCCCCUCCAAUUCCUUCUAUUGGCGAUGACAGUGGAAAUUCACUUCGUAUGCACUGCCAGCGCCAAAAUGGGAGAUUAAUUCUUGAAUCUGUGUCUGCUCCUUCAAGAAACUGCUUCCAGGCUUGCCGCCAGGAUGGCCGCCUUAUCCUCACUUUGAUCCAUCCACCAACUUUUCAGGAGGCAGCCGUGAAGGAGGAGGUGGCAGCACCGGCACCGGCAGAGGUGGAAGUGGAGGUGCAGUCUAUGAUUGAGCAGAAUCCCAAACCAGCUGAUGGGAUAAUAAGUGUGGAUAAAUCAGGAUUGAUGGUGAAGAAGUUCUUGGGACUAGGAAACAAGAUGAAUCCAACAUGGUGUAACAAAUUCAACAAAACUGUCAAGUUAAUUGAGGUUGGGGAGGAGCUGCCACUUCCACCAUUGCCACCACCAAGAGUAGCUCAGCUGAUUUCCACACCACCACCACCGGCCGCUACCGCCUCGUUCAAUGCCUACGAAUACUUCUGGCGGAGCAAGACAAGCUUCAUCACUACUACACAAUACAUUCCCAUAAAAAGCAACCACAAGAUUUCCCAUUCCAAUGGUGAAAAAAAACAUGAACACCAAGAUUUGGUGCUCAUUUGCCCUUUGUUGAAGGGAUGCAAAGAACAAAGGAAGUCUCUAUUAAUUUGGGAGCCAAACUGCAUUGCCACCUCCUAA